GCUCACAGCUCAGCAGCAGCAGCAGCAGCAGCAACACUUUUCCACAACCCAACCAACAACGCGAUAAGCCUUGAAAAUGUACAAGCAAUCGAUCGUCGUUCUUUCGUGCGUUCUGGCGCUCGCCGUCGCAGCACCGCCUGCUUCGGCCCCAGCCAAACGGUCGCCGGGCGCCGGAGGACCGGACGCCGAUGCCACCGUGGUGGCGCAGGAGCAGAUCAUCAACGAGGGCGGCUCGUACGCGUACAACUACGAGACGAGCAACGGCAUUAAGGCGCGCCAGUCAAGCGACAACGGAGUGUCCGCCGCCGGUGAAUACUCGUUCGUCGGUCCGGAUGGUGCUUCCUACUCCGUCGUGUACGUCGCUGACGAGAACGGCUUCCAGCCGCAAGGUGCCCAUCUGCCAGUUGAGCCGGCCGCGCCCGAGCACGUGAUCAAGCUGCUCGAGGACCUCCGUGCCAACCCGCCCAAGGAUCCGGAGUUCAGCCUCGCCUCGCUCGAAGCCACCCUGGCCCGUCUGCGUGCCACCCAGGGCUAAGUGCUUUGCGCCCUUUCCGCCCCUUCACCGGAAGCAAUCCCGAAGGACGAGGAAUUGUUUGUACAUAUUUCAAACCAUCGCGUUGGGUUCUUUUGUACAUAGGACACAUAAACACAUGAACUUACACUUACACACUAUUACCCACGUCGUUGUACCUUAAA